ACUUGAUUCUGCAAAUCAGCAAAUCCGCAAACUUUCGUUAUUUGGCAGGUGUUUCGUUUUUAAUCGGAUUUAAACACAGAAACAAUAUUUGAUAGGACCUGUCAUUUCGCACGCGUGUUGCCGGAACUUGCAUAUACGAGUGGGAAACUUCUCCUUGAGAAAGCUGACAUCCUAAAGAAAGGGAUAACCUGUGUUAUCAGUACUUAAAGGGGACUUGAAGGUGUCGCCUUAAAAAACAACACAAUGGAAUUCUCUAUAUUACAUUUAUUCUGGUCAAUGGCGAUCGUGACUCUUCUUAUGCAACGGGUAGACUCCAAUGAGAUUCUGAGGCUGAAGAUCCCCUUCGAUCCCAUACUGAACGCCAACACGGUGUGCCUGACCCUCCCCGGCCUGACGCGCCGGCAGUUGGAGGUGUGCAUGCGGAACCCGGACGUCACCGCGUCCGCCAUCCAAGGGAUUCAGAUUGCCAUCCACGAGUGCCAGCACCAGUUCCGAGGGCACCGGUGGAACUGCUCCAGCCUGGAGACCAGGAACAAGAUUCCGUACGAGAGCGCCGUCUUUAGCCGAGGCUUCAGGGAGAGCGCCUUCGCCUACGCCAUCGCGGCGGCGGGCGUGGUCCACGCCGUGUCCAACGCCUGCGCCAUGGGGAAGCUGAAGGCGUGCGGCUGCGAUGAGAAACGCCGCGGUGACGAGGAGGCCUUCCGCAUCAAGCUGAACCGGCUGCAGCUGGAGGCCAUCCACCGCGGCAAGGGCAUGGUGCACGGCGUCAUGGAGCACUUCCCCGCCGACGCCCUGGGGCCCCAGGACUCCUGGGAGUGGGGCGGCUGCAGCCCCGACGUGGAAUUUGGGGAGAAGUUCUCCCGGGACUUCUUAGACUCCCGCGAAACGUACAAGGAUAUUCACGCCAGGAUGAGGCUCCACAACAACAGAGUAGGCAGGCAGGUGGUGACGGACCACAUGAAGAGGAAGUGCAAAUGCCACGGGACCUCGGGGAGCUGCCAGCUCAAGACCUGCUGGCAGGUGACGCCCGAGUUCCGGGCAGUGGGCUCGCUGCUGAAGGAGCGCUUCCACAUCGCCACCCUCAUCAAGGCCCACAACCGCAACACGGGCCAGGUGGAGCACGCCCACACCCCCCACCGGCGGCGGGCCAACCUCAACGAGCUGGUCUACUUCGAGAAGUCGCCCGACUUCUGCGAGCGGGAGCCCGGCUCGGACUCGGCGGGGACGCAGGGCCGGAUCUGCAACAAGACCAGCCUGGAGAUGGACAGCUGCGAGAGCCUGUGCUGUGGGCGGGGCCACAACAUCCUGCAGCAGACCCGCAGUGAGCGCUGCAACUGCAAGUUCCACUGGUGCUGUUACGUGGUGUGUGAGGAGUGCAGGAGAACAGAGUGGGUCAGCGUGUGCAAAUGAGAGAGAGAAAAAAAAAAAAGACGUGCAAAAAAAAGAAAAAAGAGACUCUUUUGGAGCAGGGAAAGACUGCCCCGAGAGGCACUGCCCCAUGCGACGGACUGCCGUUCCCAUUGGUGAAAUGGAACCUCAAAAUGAGACUGGAGUUUUGGCCAUGCGGAGAUGAGCGUGUGCUCAGCAUCAGUCCCGUCACCAGACUU